AUGCAUGCAUAAAGGAAUAUUAGCCCAUCACCAAAGUGUAGAAUUUAUAAUGUAGAUGGAUCAGGUAGAGAUACUUACAUUUCAUUUAACAGUGGAGGUUAUAUAAGAGCACACGCAGCUAAUUAUCAAUUGACAAACAUAAAAAACAGUAAUAGAACACCAUCGAGCUGUAUAGCAAGAGUACCAGUUUAGUCUAAAUAUAAUCAUUAUAAAAGCGAUGGAACAGGGAGAGACUCUUACAUAUCAUAUAAUUCUGGUGGAUUUGUUAAUCCUUAAAUGAAUUUCACUACUAAACUAAGAGAUUACCCUGAAAUAAGAUAAAAGAGGAGCAAUUCAUUUGAUAUCUCUUACACAAUGAGAUUACCAAGUAUACAAGAUGAGAAAAGAAUGAUGUAAGUAAAGGAAAAGUAAAGAUAAAUAAGAGAAAACUUUAAUAGACUAGCUUAACCAAAAUCUCCCAGCUAGUCUCCUGAUAACACUAUUAAUGCUUGCAAAUGCUCAUAUAAAAAUAACUUAAAUUACUCUUUUGUUAAUAACCCAAACACAACUAUAGAUGCAUCCUCACCAACUAAACAAAUAAAUCAAAAGACUUAUCAUUUAAAAGAUUUAAUGUUAAAGGGAAAUUAAACGAAUGGUUUAUCAGGUUUAAAAUAACAAAUGCUUUAAAUGAGUAAAUAAAAUGCUUAGUUAGAAGAUGAAUUAUUAGUAAAUCAAAAACAAACUCUUAAAACACUACCAUCAAUGAGCAAAUCUUAUAUGUAUGAUAAAUAUUUAAGUGAUAUGUCAUAUAACGAUCCUCAAUUAAAUUAAAUUUUAAAAACCUAAGAAUUUUGA